UACGACCAAUGAUAAAUCGCCAAAUACGCGAUUCCAUUUAGUGAUGCUUACAAAAAUAUAUCUACGAUUAAAUGUCCGCUUGAGUUACGAAGCUAUGAUACGUCAGCUAUGAAUGAAUACCAAGUAAACAGUGGCAAGGAUUUUGUGUAAAUCGACAGAUUGAUUUGAUGAAGGAAAAAAGAAAAGGAGAUAAAGAGACGACGCUGCGUAUAAGUCUUUCGAACGCAGUUAUAUCAGGCUGUUAGCAUUGUUAAUUAAUUUCACCGAGUGGCUGAGAGUGAGAACAGCUGAUCAAAGGAGACACAGGGCUAAUUAUAUUAACGAUGGAAAGAGCCGCGGUCAGAAUAAUAAUAAAAGCACCGAAUCAGCAGAUUAAAGAUCAAAUAAUAAAUUGCAACAUUGGGUGGACCGUGGGCCAAUUGAAAGAAUAUUUGUCCGACGUUUAUCCCAAUAAACCAGAGCCAGCAAACCAAAAACUUAUAUAUUCAGGACAAUUAUUAAAUGAUUCCGUGUGUUUAAAAGAUGUGUUGAGACACUGUAAUGGACAAGAGGAUCAAACUUAUAUAAUUCACUUGGUCUGCGCUUCACAAAAGACAUUGACAAAUAAAAUAAUGACUGACCAAGUCGUAGAAAACACAAAUAUAAUUUCUGUUGUAAGAAGUACAGAACAUAUGAGAUUAAAUAACACGAAUAAUAUACAAAAUCAAAGUCAACAUAAUAACAAUAACAAUAAUAAUAAUAAUGUUGCUAUGCAACAUACUUCUGCACAACUGUACUCUACACAAUAUUUUGAUCCACGGAAUAGUCAACAAAUGGCUUGGAUGCAACAAGCAUAUAACCAUUAUUUUACACAAUAUAUGCAAUUAAUAGCAGCACAAGGAAUACAAUUACAAACUAGCAUUCCAUAUGUUCAACAAAUGAAUGUCAAUACAAAUAAUAGUGUUCAAAAUCCAUAUACAAAUAACACAAAUAAUAACAACAGCAAUAAUAAUAAUAACAAUAACAACAACAAUAAUAAUAACAAUGUAGGUGACGAGCAACAACCUGGUGCUCAAGAAGGUGAUGUUAAUGGAGGAAAUAAUGGUGCUGGAGAAGAUGGUGCAUUUAACAGAGAUUGGCUAGAUGUUUUUUACAUGCUGUCUAGAAUAAUUGUUCUUUUCAGUAUAGUAUAUUUUUAUUCAUCUCCUCUAAGAUUUCUGAUUGUUACGUUUCUUGGCUUUGCAAUGUAUCUAUAUCAAGGUGGUUUUUUCCGAGUACAACCUAUUUUAUUAGCUGAAAAUAAUAACGGUAGAGGAGACCGGAUGGAUAACAAUAAUCAAAUAUUACAAAAUGAAGCAAUAGGACCUCAAGCUGUACCACAGCAACAAAAUGGUCAAGUUCCAACAGUACAGGCAGAGGCAAGAACAAAUGCAAAUGAAGAACAUGAAGAGGAGAGACCUGGUGCACUUGCUUUUACUUGGACAUUUUUCAGUACAUUUUUUGCAUCGCUUAUUCCAGAUCAACCAAAUGUUAUUUAAUUUUAAUGAAUGUCAAUUUAUUAUAUUUAACCUUGUUGUUAUAAAGUUAAGUUUCUUUCUUU